GGAAUGGCAUCCGACGUAAAAAAGCCAUCGUUCUGAGGGUAUUUUGGGGAUAUAGCGGACUCAACCGCCCUUUCCUGUCCUCCUAUUGUUUGCCGCUAUUUUACAAUUUCCGGUCAGCCUUUUCCCUCGACAACACCCACGAAAAAUUUUCCGUUCUUCAUCUCUUUCGGUCAAUUUAAAAUCUUUAAAACUUCCCUAAAAUUCUCUCCAAUUUCGUGCUUUUCAUCCAUGGCUUCACGCAGGCGCAUACUUUUGAAAGUCAUUAUCCUUGGCGAUAGUGGCGUGGGGAAGACAUCGCUAAUGAAUCAGUAUGUGAAUCGUAAGUUUAGCAAUCAAUACAAGGCGACCAUUGGAGCAGAUUUUCUCACGAAGGAAGUUCAGCUCGAUGACAGGUCAUUCACGUUACAAAUCUGGGACACAGCUGGGCAAGAACGAUUCCAAAGUCUUGGAGUGGCGUUUUACCGUGGUGCUGAUUGCUGUGUUCUUGUUUAUGACGUGAACGUUAUGAAAUCAUUUGAUAAUCUUAACAACUGGCGAAAAGAGUUUCUAAUUCAGGCUAGUCCGUCUGAUCCCGAGAACUUCCCUUUUGUUGUAUUGGGGAACAAGGUCGACGUUGAUGGUGGGAACAGUCGAGUGGUUUCUGAGAAGAAAGCAAAGGCGUGGUGUGCUUCAAAAGGAAACAUACCUUACUUUGAAACGUCUGCAAAAGAAGGAUUCAAUGUGGAUGCGGCAUUUCAAUGUAUAGCCAAAAAUGCUCUCAAGAAUGAACCAGAAGAAGAAAUAUACAUUCCCGACACCAUUGAUGUUGCAGGUGGACGGCAGCAAAGAUCAACAGGAUGUGAGUGCUAAGUGUAAACUAAUGGGUGCUGUCUACUUCCUUCACUGUAUUUCCUCUGUUUUAUGUUCCUGAAACCAUUUGGUCCAAUUAUAUUACCAUUGAUGUUUAUAUAUUUUGCUUAAUCAUUUUUGGGUCUCAACAUGAGAGAAUGAACUAAGAACCCUAACUUGAUGUCAUCUUCGUUUGUAA